CCGUGGGGGCUGGUGACGCGGGCCGGCGUUCACGGGAGGUCCCGGAGGCGGGGCUCUGCCGGCUGCCCAGAGAGCGGCAGUCCAAAUGCGGGCGGUUCUCGAAGGAGCCUGAGUGAGUGGGAUCCAGACUGCCUUAGCAGGACAGAAUGCUUUGACCUCCAAGCUGUUUUAAAUCUGGCACAUAAGCCAGAUACUGUGUUCCAUAAUUUAAGUGGGAAUGCAACGCUCUUGGAUGUCUGGAACUUUUUAGGCACCAAUCUCUGAAGUCCUGGUUGCUGGCCUAAGCCCUAGACUACUGUGGUGGUUUGAAAAGCUGGUCAUCAGUGCAGGGUAGCCACACAACGAAAAUGUUUGCAAAACUAAAGAAGAAAAUAGCAGAAGAGACUGCUGUGGCCCAGAGGCCAGGAGGUGCCACUCGGAUCCCACGGUCGGUGAGCAAGGAAUCGGUUGCCUCUAUGGGAGCUGACUCAGGAGAUGACUUUGCUUCCGAUGGAAGCAGCUCCAGAGAAGAUCUUUCAUCCCAGCUUUUGAGAAGGAAUGAACAGAUACGGAAAUUAGAAGCCAGACUCUCUGACUAUGCUGAACAGGUCCGAAACUUGCAGAAGAUAAAAGAGAAGCUUGAAAUUGCGUUAGAAAAACACCAGGAUUCUUCCAUGCGGAAAUUUCAAGAGCAGAAUGAGACAUUCCAAGCCAACAGAGCCAAAAUGGCAGAAGGACUGGCUUUGGCAUUAGCCAGAAAGGACCAGGAAUGGUCAGAAAAAAUGGAUCAGCUUGAAAAGGAGAAGAGAUUUCUGACUGCUCAGUUACAGGAAAUGAAGAACCAGAGUUUGAAUCUUUUCCAAAGGAGGGAUGAAAUGGAUGAAUUAGAGGGCUUCCAGCAGCAGGAGCUAAGUAAAGUAAAGCACAUGCUUUUAAAAAAAGAAGAAAGUCUGGGGAAAAUGGAGCAAGAGUUGGAGGCACGAACCAGAGAACUUACUCACACCCAGGAGGAGUUGAUAACCUCCAAUCAGAUGUCAUCAGACUUAAGUCAGAAGCUAGAAGAAUUGCAGAGACACUACUCAGCGCUGGAAGAACAGAGAGAUCAUGUGACAGCAUCAAAAACAGGUGCAGAAAAUAAGAUUGCAGCCCUGGAGCAAAAGGAACAAGAGCUCCAAGCAUCCAUUCAGCAGCUUUCCAUGGAUUUGCAGAAGGCCGCUGCUGAGACUCAGGAGAAAGAAAAACUCAUCACACACUUGCAGGAGAAGGUCUCAUCCUUAGAGAAGAGACUGGAGCAGAACUUCUCAGGAGAAGAGCACGUGCAGGAGCUCCUGAAAGAGAAAAUAGUUGCUGAGCAGAAUUUGGAAGAUACCAGACAGCAGCUCUUAGCAGCCAGAAGCAGCCAGGCCAAGGCCAUGGACAUCCUGGAGACUCGGGUGCAAGAGCUUGAGCACAGCUUGCAGGCAUCUGAGGAGAAGCUGAAGCACAGUGGUGACCUUGUGGCGGCUCAGGAAGCUCAGAUUCAGGAGCUCGCCGCCGCAAACGAGGAGAGCAGCCGGGCCCAGCAGCAGGUCCUCGCCCUGGAGGCCCAGCUCGCCGCCCUGGAGAGCGCCCGGGCGGCCGACCGGACCGCCACAGAGCGGGAGGUGAGAGAACUGGAGCAAGAAAAUGCAGCCCUUAAAGAAAGUAAGAAUGAAUGUGAACGUACUUUGCACCACCACCAACUUGAACUAAAGAAGCUCAAGGAAGAGUGGAGCCAAAGAGAAAUUGUGAGCGUCGCGAUGGCUCAAGCCCUGGAGGAGGUGCGAAAGCAGAGGGAAGAGUUCCAGCAACAGGCUGCUAACCUCACAGCUGCAGUAGAUGAGAAGGAGCAGAGUCUGCAGGAAAAAGCUGAAGUGAUUCUCCAGAAAGAGCAGGAAAUUUUCCAACUGAAGAAAGGUCACGACUCUGCCCUGUUGCAAAUGCACCAGCUGCAGAGCGAGCUGGAGGCCCUGCAGAGCCUGAGGGCGGAGGAGUCUGAGGCCGCUGCGAGGUUCAACGUGCUGAGACUGCCUGGCCCGGAGCAGGGGUUGGCACACUCAGUCCCCGAGCCCCACGUAACCUCGAGGGCCACACAGGACCCUGCAUACCAGCUUCCGGCUACAGAGGGGAUCCCAAAUGGUGAGGUGGGGGCCGUGGACCUAGGGCAGCUGCAGAAGGAAAAACAGGACUUGGAGCAGCAACUUGUGGAGAAAAACAAGACCAUCAAGCAGAUGCAGCAGAGGAUGCUGGAACUCAAAAAGACUCUGCAGAAGGAACUGGUGGCUUUCAGACUGCCUCGAGGGGUUUGGGCCAGCAUCUCUCCGUUGGCUUUUCAGAAAAUCAAACCCGACAGUGAGCUCUUUGAGGUCCGAGAGAAGCCCGGCCCCGAGAUGCCCAACAUGGCUCCUUCCGUCACGAAUAAUGCUGACCUGACUGACGCCCGCGAGAUCAACUUUGAGUACCUUAAACACGUGGUUUUAAAAUUCAUGUCCUGUCGAGAGUCUGAGGCUUUUCACCUGAUAAAAGCUGUGUCAGUGUUGCUGAACUUUUCACAAGAGGAAGAGAACAUGCUCAAAGAAACCCUGGAGUAUAAGAUGUCGUGGUUUGGGUCCAAGCCAGCUCCCAAGGGCAGCAUCCGGCCGUCCAUCUCCAACCCUCGGAUCCCGUGGUCCUAGGUGGAAAUCCCGGCAGAUGGAUCUCCAUGCGAUGACACUUUUUCUGUGAAAAGAACACUGACACACCAGUCUUGGGUGGGUUUUUAAUCACUGUAACUGCAGUAUUUUGUACAAGCGUCAAAAACAUUGUUUACAAGACUUAAAGGCCCCCUUCCCGACAGACUGAUCUGAACCUCAGGAUGGCUGAUCCUGUGUCAUUGUGCUCACCAAACGGGAGGGUCCUGGCACUACCCACGUUUCCGCAGUGCUGCUAAGCUCCCAGCUCCGGCCAGCACCCAUCUGCACCUGAACCCUCUAACUGUUCACGUUCGCACUUAAAGCUGAAGCCCUCAGCAUUGGUCAGAGAGGAGGCACCAGUCCACCACGUAGUGCUGACAGUGGACGGAAAGACACCCCUUUGAAACGGUGCCCGGCAGGCCAGACCCACCUGCUUCUGCCACAGAGAGCCAGCUCGCUGGGAGUGGCUUUUAAAAAUUCCCCUCCCCUGUCAGCAUGUUUGGGUUCAGAUGAGUUAGAAGAGGCUUUUUAACCCUUCCUCUCAAGAAAACAUUAUUUCACCCUGUUUCUCAAACCACCCAGAACUUUAGAUGGGUACAUCUUUAAGGUACUCUGGGGCCAGUGUGGAUUAAUGAAUAUGCAACUUUCUGACAGUAUCUCAUUUUACUGAAGAAAACUAGCAAAUACAUAAAAAAGAUCCUUAGCACCAAAUACACUCAAUUGCCUUUUUAAUGAAUGUACUUGUCUUGGAUAGGUUGCUGGUAAACCGUUUUAAACUAUUUUUUAUAGCUAAAAUUCUUCGCUAUUAUAAACACGUCUCUGUAUUAUAAAAUCCAUUUAACUGGUGUUCUUAAAGGCAAAUCAGAGCAUCAAGAGGAAAUUAUUUCUAAAAUUGGGAUUCCUUUCCCUUUUUUAAUUUCACUAGCAUUUUGUGGUCUCUAUGUCCUUCUGAAGCAGUGGUGGUAUUUCAUUUGUUUUGCUCUGAAUUCUGUGUCCUAAGACGGAGCAAAUACUAAUCACACGUUUGCUGCGGUUGAGGACAGUCUGCUCCAUUUGGAGAAAGCAGCCGCCGCCCCUGCCCCCCACCUCCGGGUCCUUGACCACAACACGGGAGGCUGUCUGCCUUGUGCGGGAGCCACCGUCUCUGUCCCUAACCCUGCCCCUGUAUACUUCAGAUGACACUACACCCUAGAUGUCUGUGGCAUCCAGACGGCCCCCAGCCGGCUACAGUACUUGACGGUGCACAGAUGGCUCUGGUAGGGACCUUUAAAAACUCUUAUUAUUCUUAAGGAAAGGGGAACGUGCUUGCCCUGGAUAAUCCACAGUAUGGAAUCUAAAGAGAAACUGUUGAUUUCGUUUGACAAAAGUUUUACUGGUUAAAUAAAAUAAGUUGAUACCUGGA